GAUAAAAGAAGUGUUGAAUGUUUGAAAAGAAAAAAUUAAGUGGAGAGACAGCACAGAAAGGGAGUGAGUCUCUGUCCUUGCCAUCCUGUCUGUGUAUAAUUACCACCCAGAGAGUUUUCUUAGCGGACUUACCUCCCAGCAUGUCUCAUUGGCUCCAUCCACCAGGUGAACCAAAAGAUUGCCGAACUAGAUCUAAGCUCCAACCUGUUGGACAACAGCUUGACAAGAGUCAAGGAAAAUCACAAUAUACUUGCAGUGGCUCAGAAUCCAAGAAUGUCAGAUCUUUCACUAUUAAAAGGAACACAGCAAAUAAAAAUCUCCUGGUGGAGCUGUACCAGCACCCACAUUUUAACAACUCUAUGCCGAAUGAGCUUCCGAAUGGGGUGGACUUCUGUGACAUGGUGGCCAAUGUGGUCCAGUCUGAGAAAAACCCCCUUAGUGGCAAGUAUUUCUGUUCAGGUAGAGAUUUAGAGAAGUUUCUCUCUUCUCCUUCUCUAAGAGCCAUAUGGCUGGAUAGCUUCUGGUGGAUCUUUCAUGAAAGGUACCAGCCAAAUAAAGAGGUCCAGAAUAAGCUAUUCGACCGGAUAUCCCUUCACUACGCCUUUCUUUUGUUUCAUGAAUCCAGGUCCCAGCAUGAAGAGUCUAUUUUAAAAAGGUUGCCAUCACUUCUGAGUAAAGCCCUGUACACCAGCUUCUGUUGCUGCUUCCCACAGUCCUGGUUCAACACAAAUGAAUUCAAGUCUGAUAUCUGUAACACCAUGAGCCUGUGGAUUUCAGGUAUAUCUCCUUGCCCACAGAGCUAUGACAGUUGGGACUACUCAAAACUGGAUCCAGAGAGGUUCUGGAGAGAAGAGUUAAUGUUGCGGAGAGCAACACUGAUAAAGGGAAAAAAGAUGUUCUCCCUCAUUUCUAAGACAGGCUCUUCCCGAAAGUCUGUCCAGAUCAGGAAAGUCCCCAGUCCUCGGUAUACUAGUGGAAAUUCAAACAGCCAGAGAGACUUUUUAUCCAGGAAGAAUCCAAAGGAUAGCAGCACACAAACACAGAAUACCAUGAAAGAUCAUUAUUCUGAGACUCAGUUCUCAAGGAAAGCUACACAACAACUCAAGAGGAGAUCAGAAGCAAGAGUAUGUGAGAAUAAGCUUCCUAAGAAGUUUAUUAGUGAGGAAAAUGAUGCUCAGAGCAAGUAACUAAUUUGUCCAAGUGAUAAAGCCAAGACUUGCGUGCAGAUCUGUCUGGCUCUGAGCUUGAGCUUCUAGCCACGGAGCCUUGCCACCAGCACAGUCCCCGGAACCAAGACUCCCGGGAUCACGUGUGUUCUCUUAUCUUCUCCUCCCCUGCCCCAAAUGUUCCCCACAAACCUCAGUGCCUGGUAGUUUAUAACAAUGUUACCUUCAGCCCUGUGUAGUAGGAAGAGGCCCUUAGGACCCUGAACAGGGCAAGAGGUUUUGGGGGCUUUCCCAAAACACCAACUAGCAAAGGAGUCAUGCCCUAGAGUUUGGGCCAAGUACAGCAAGUACGGUCGGAGAUUUCCUGAACCUUCUUCAUUUCUCCAUGUUUAUUACCACUGCCUAUUUCCCAUCAGCAUUUAGCAUGAAACUUUUGAGAAGUAGCAGGGCGUGGUGAAAAAAACAGACAGACAUGGGUUCAAAUCUUGGUGCUGCAUCUCAUCAGCUGUGCUACUUGAGCAAGUUAUUUAACUUUUCCAACCUUCUUUUAUAAAAUUGA